AUGCCCUCUCCUAAAGCGAAAAACCCCGGUCGCAGCGGAGGAAGCCCGGUGCUCGGGAGCUCCAACGGUCGCUACGAGUUCAUGUCUCUGACAAAGCCGCUAAACCGGUCUUCACCGCCACACCUGCUCCAGCGCCAGGGCUCCGACCCGACCACGGCCCGCCUUCGAGCCUCUGAAAGCCCCACUCGGCGCCGGGGCUCCGGCUCCUCCACGGGCUCCGCGAGCGGCCAGGGGCCACCUGAAGAGGAUGGUAUCCGGCUCAACCCCUCCCUCAUUCGCGUAGCGCUCAGCUCCCUGCUGGCCAUCGACCUGUGGCUGUCCAAGCAGCUGGGAGUGUGUGCCUGUGAGGACUCAUCCUGGGGCAGUGUGCGCCCCUUAAUGAAGCUCUUAGAGAUAUCGGGACAUGGUAUCCCGUGGCUGGCUGGUACCGCCUACUGUCUGUACAAGAGCGACAGUGCUGCAGGACAAGAAGUCAUGCUCAACCUUUUCAUGGGCCUGCUGCUGGACCUGAUCUUGGUUGGCAUUGUUAAGGCGGUGGUGCGUCGGCGUCGGCCAGCACAUAAUCGUAUGGACAUGUUCGCCACCUUUUCUGUGGACCGCUACUCCUUCCCCUCCGGACAUGCCACGCGUGCCGCCAUGUGUGGCCGCUUCCUGCUGGCUCACCUCGUGCUGGCUGCCCCGUUGAGAGUCCUCGUUCUGCUGUGGGUGGGCCUGGUAGGGUUGAGUCGAGUGAUGCUGGGCAGGCACAAUGUGACUGAUGUGAUGUUUGGGUUCUGGAUGGGCUAUUGCCAGUACAACCUUGUGGAAAUGCUGUGGCUGUCCCCUCAAACACUGCAAGGGCUGCUGGGACAGUCAGCUUAAGGACUUAAGGAAAUGGUAGUUUAUAUUUGAGUAAAGCAGCACGUACACACCUUUUUCCCUUAUAGUAAUAUAUUCUCACUGAAUUGAAAGCAGCACUAUUUCUAAGGUUGGGAUCAUUUUAAAAAUACAUUUACUUUGUAACAAAACGAUAUUUGCUGAAGAGAAAUAUGAAUAAUGUUGUGGAGCAGAAAGUUGUGUUAAAACAAAAAUUGUUUUGUUAUAAAAUAAAUGUUUUUAUACAUUCAAAUAAAUAUUAAGAAUACUUUUUACAUCCCAUAAGUGUUGUAUUGGAGAUUAUGCUGACACUAGAGAGUAGAUCUUUAUCAAAAAAACC